AUGUCUCGCGUCAAUCUGCCUCACGCUCUUCUGCUGAUAAUACUUUUCUUCGGAUCUCUUGUACCGACAGCACUCGCUGCCGGCAUCAGUAUUUUUCAAAGCAGUCUUGAGAAGAGAUAUAGCACCGCGCAUUCGCUGGGCGACAACUAUCAGUUUGAUCCUCGAGAUGGCUGGCAGACCAUCAACAUUACGAACCUUCAAUACAAGUAUUCUCGCGCUCCUGCAGAAAAUGGUAGCCGGUCUAUCUCCGAAGACAUCUCUCACAUUCCCGCUGGACAUGGCAAGAGAUCCAGCAAGAAAACGUCUUCGAAGAAGGCAACAACGAAAACAGGCUCGAAGCCCGCUGUGAAGUCCUUGAACAAUGGCACAAACACAGUUUCCGAUGCUACCAAUGGUAUCCUUGGCUCCGUUAAGUCGGCGAUCGACAGCAUUAAGGCUAUUGGCAGUGCUCAACCAGUUACCAUUACUUGGUAUACUGGCAAAGACCUGCUCAACCCCAGCUGCUGGUCGAAUACUCAAUGGGCACCCACAGAUGAUUCCUUUGCAUGUGCGCUGACCGAAGAAGGCUGGGUCGACCGACCAAAAUGCUUCAAAUUUCUGGAACUCUGCAACACUUCGAAGAAGUGUGUAUUUGUCCGCGUUGUCGACACAUGCGCCGGUUGUGCAGCGGGGUCGAAACACGUUGACCUUACCAAGGCCGCAUUCUCCUCAUUGGCGGACCUUAACGAGGGCGUAUUGACAGUGCAGAUGCGACAAGCCACGGAACCGAGCGAAGGAUGGUUGGAGGAACUGUGGGGUCCAAAGACUAACUAA